UUCCAGGUUCUGGGAAAGAUGACCACUCUCACACGGCAGGACCUUAACUUUGGGCAAGUUGUUGCAGAUGUUCUUUCAGAAUUUCUGGAAGUGGCUGUUCACCUUAUCUUGUAUGUCAGAGAAGUUUACCCUAUUGGGAUCUUUCAGAAGAGGAAAAAAUACAAUGUACCUGUCCAGAUGUCCUGCCACCCGGAGCUGAAUCAGUACAUCCAGGACACGCUGCACUGCGUAAAGCCACUGCUCGAGAAGAAUGAUGUGGAGAAAGUUGUAGUUGUAAUCCUGGAUAAAGAGCACCACCCUGUGGAGCGAUUUGUCUUUGAGAUCACCCAGCCACCUCUUCUUUCCAUUAGUUCUGAGUCCCUGCUGUCCCACGUGGAGCAGUUACUGCGUGCCUUCAUCCUGAAGAUCAGCGUGUGCGAUGCUGUGCUCGACAACAAUCCCCCAGGUUGCACUUUCACAGUCCUGGUUCACACACGGGAGGCUGCCACACGGAACAUGGAAAAGAUCCAGGUGAUAAAGGAUUUCCCAUGGAUCCUUGCCGAUGAACAAGAUGUGCACAUGCACGACCCCCGGCUUAUUCCCCUGAAAACUAUGACAUCUGAUAUCUUAAAGAUGCAGCUCUAUGUAGAAGAACGAGCCCACAAAGGCACCUGAUUUCAAAUCUUCCUUGCCUUCAAGCCUCAUCUGAUCUUCCAGUGGAAUAAGAGAUCUCACAGACCAUACCUUGAUAACAGUCUCUUCAGCUGGCCUUCUGGGUGAAUGUAGAGCAGCUGCUGCCUCUUUAUUUCAAGUGCUCUUACCACUGUAUAUAGGACUGACUUGGAAUGUGGAGCCAGAGCCUGUUCCCGUGCACACUCACGCGCAAGAGUGAGUACAGGUUUUGUUAACAGUGAAUCCGCAGGGGCAGGACCUGGCCAACUGCAGCGUGCAGUCAGCGCUUUUGUACAAAUCCAGUUCUCACCUUAACGGGGCAUCGCCAUUGCGCGCUGGUAGUGAUACACAGCGAUCUUUUGUACGCGCUCCACUAGAGCAAUGGACUCAUACUAAAGGUGAGCGAGGCCUUAUGUAGUGUCUGUCCACUGUGACUGUCCCAAGUAGUCUUCAAUAAAUACCAAG